AUGGUUUGCGUUGAAAGAGUCAAAGAGUAUACACGACUCGAACCGGAAUAUAGUUGGGAAUCAAGCGAUGAUAACAAACCCUCAGACACUUGGCCCACAAGUGCCUCAAUAGAGUUCAUUCAUUACAGCGCUUCCUAUAGACCAGGACUCGAACCGGUUCUCAAGAACUUGAACUUCAGGGUAGAGUCGGGAGAAAAGGUGGGAAUAGUUGGCCGGACGGGUGCCGGGAAGUCGUCGAUGGCUUUGGCGUUGUUUAGGAUAAUAGAGCCGACAUUCGGACAGAUAGUGAUCGAUGGCGUGGAUGUGACUCGUAUUGGUUUACAUGACUUGUGGUCGAAGUUAACAAUUAUACCGCAAGAACCCAAUCUCUUCGCCGGAACUCUUCGACUCAAUUUGGAUCCGUUUGAGGAAUACUCGGACGAAGAGAUGUGGACAGCACUGGAAAGGGCGCACCUGAAGGACUUCAUAUCGAGUACAUCCGAUGGCCUCUCGUAUGAGAUCACAGAAAGUGGUGAUAAUCUGAGUGCAGGUCAAAGACAAUUGGUUUGUCUCUCGCAAGCACUUCUUCGCCACUCAAAGGUCCUGAUCCUCGACGAGGCGACGGCUGCCUAUGAUUUUGAAACCGAUUCACUGAUUCAGUCGACUAUUAGGGAUCAGUUCAGUGACUGCACUGUUUUGGCAAUCGCUCACCGAUUGAAUACAGUCUUGGAUUACAACACAAUCAUUGUUUUAGACAACGGAGUGAUCGCUGAAAUGGAUUCACCGAAAAAUCUUCUCAAGAAAACUGAUUCUAUUUUCUAUGGUUUGGCCAAAGAAUUCGCAAUUGUUUAGAGAAUU